CCAGCGGAGUCGUCAGCGCUGUGCCGUACAUGGUUAACGGAUACAGCAGAACAGCAGAAAGUUUAAUCUCAUGAAACUCUCAGAAUGAAUGGGACGGCCUAUUCCAACUUUGACAAUCAAGAACAUGUCCUGAAAUUAGGAGAGACGUUUGAGAAACACCCUAAAAGUGGCUAUCACACAGUACGAUAUGACUUCAAACCAGCCUCAAUUGACACAGCAUGUGAAGGGGAUCUGGAAGUGGGCAAAGGAGAGCAAGUCACUAUUACUUUACCCAAUUUAGAGGGUUCAAGUGCUCCAGUAACAGUCUUUAAGGGAUCCAAAAGGCCAUACAUGAAAGAAUGCAUCCUCAUUGUAAACCACGACACAGGAGAGUACAGACUAGAAAAACUCAACAGCAAUAUAGCUGUGAAGAAAACCAGGGCUGAGGGCAGCAGUAAGAUUCAUUCUCGAAUGGAGCAGCAAACCAGUCGCCUCAGCCAGCAGGUGAAGAGCAGCAGCAGCAGCAGCAACAACAACAGCAGUAGCAGCAGCAGUAACAAGACCUCAACCAGCUCAAAGAGCUCUCCUCCUAAAGAGAAGACCUCCCCGGCAUCCCCCAUGGAUGACAUUGAGCGAGAGCUGAUGGCUGAGGCGCGGGUCAUGGACCAGCUCAGCAGCGGCGACAGCUCCUCAGACUCCAACAGCUCCUCAUCCAGCAGUGAUGACAGCUCCAGUAGCAGCGACUCAGAAGACGAACGGACUUCUGCACCACCACCGCCAGCCCCAGCCCCGGCCAACCACAGCAUGCCUAUCAUCAACACCAUCAGCAACACCAACAGUCUCCACCAGGAGAGUGGAGGAGGACUGAUGAACACACUUAAGAAUGACCUGCAGCUGAGUGAAUCAGGCAGUGAAAGUGACUGAACAACACGAGGAGGUGCACCUGCCUGUGAACACCCUGAGGAUUUCAGUGAGGAGUCAAAACAGCAGCAGACAUAUCAGUGCUUUGCUUCCUAUAAUGUGAGACUGUCUUACUUUCAUUUCCACAAUCCUGCUCGCAAUGACCUUGUUUGCCUUUCUGACAGCAAACUUUCUAAUUUAAUUAUAUCCCAUUUAUUUCUCCAUGAUCUUUAUUUUGUGUGUGUGUGUGUGUGUGUGAAGACUGGAUGUAACAGAGAUGCCUUAGUCACGAGAGACAGAUGUGGAUGUGAUGCAUGAGUGGCAGUAAAACGGAAAACCUUUGUGUAAUGUGUCAUCUCACUGGAUGUCACCCUAACCUGACCGAGCAUAUCAGAGCCAGGGUGACAGAGGUGGUUGUGUAAGCGGGGCAGAGGUUUGUCUUAAACAGCCCUUGGAGGUUUUGCAUUUCAGCUUAGUCAUAAAAUAAUUAAAGGCUUAGUUAUGCCUCUUAGUUCAGGUCAGUUAACAGAUUGGGUUCAGCAGAAACAGAAUAUUUGUGAUACAGUGAUUAAACAGAUUGUUUUAUUUUCAUCUUAUAGAGUUUAUGUGAAGUUAGCUUCAGACCCUUUUGAUUUGGAUUACUGGACCCCGGCUAAUUUAUUCAAAAACUGCAAACUUAAAAUUGACAUUCUGUCCAUUUUGGAGACCAUAGAACAAACCAAAAACUUAACAUUGAUGUAUGAUCUCUUUAGAAAUGUGUUAGGACAAAAGUGGUAAAAACAGUUGCUUACUUACAAAUCUAAAAGUCAGAGGAGAGCUUUUAUUUGUUACUCCUUUGUGGUUGCGUUUCCUCCAAACUUAAAAUGCAAAUUAAAUAUUUACUCCUUUGAGUUCUGUUUUAAUAUCGCCUCAGAAAAAGUCUCUGAGCCUCAUUAGCUGCUGGACGCUUCCUAAUUUUACAAGCUUCAUCCGCCUGCUGUUUCACAUCAAAGUGGAGAUGCCUUUUUACGACUGGAAAAGUGUUGAUGAGCAGCUUUAUGAGUUGAAAGGCUGGCUCUAAACCUGCAAGAGAGCCCUUACAUAUAUUUUUACGCAUUGUUGCAAAAAGAAAGUUCAUGGCUAAUGCAGCUUUAAGAGUAAAAAGAGGUCUCAAACUUUAAGUUUUGUAUUAUUUCAGAAUAUAAGGGCGUCUGAUUUCUGCAGACUAGUAGGCAUUCUGAGUUAUCUCAGUUGGGGUCAUGCUUCGUAGCUUUAAACCUGCAAUACUUGAAUCUAAUUAUUUAUGUUUAAAAUAUAUUCGACCAAUGGUGAAUCGCUUAAUAUAUUCGGUGAAGAAAUUGGAAUUGCAAGUUAGUAGAAGCUGUAUUACAAAACAAGCCAGAUGUUUUGAUACUUCACCUCAAUGUGAGUCUUAAAAAAAACUUGAUGUGCCUUCAGGCUCUCUGCUUGUUUUAACACAAGCCCUCUUCUCUCUGCUGAGCUGCCUAUGCAUACAGGAAGCUGCUGUUUCUGUCCCAGCCUUUUCCGUCUUUGGAGUCCUGGUUGAAUAACACAGUGAGAAGAAGAAGUCUGAUUUAGAAAAGUGAAUAUUUGUAGUCUUAAGAAGGAUGGUGGCCUCAGAGCAUCAUUUGUAAACUAUUUGGGAGUCAUUUCUUUGUGGAAAAAUAAAGAUUUUAAUGGUU